AUGUCGGACGAGAACAUCAGCGAGAAGCAUGACGCCGCGACUGUUGAGAUGCUGCGUCGCUACCAAACAGCUGAGAGUGUAUUGCUUCCGAUUCCCCGCGAUGCCUUUGAAAAGCUCUAUCUGAGCCCCAAGACACCGGCGGCCGGUAACCUUCGUCGUACCUUUGGUAACCCGACUCCCAUCUCGCUACUGGGCUUCUUGCUCGCUGCGACACCGGCUGCGAUGUUGACUAUGGGCUGGGGUAACUCGGGCGGAAAUGGCGGCGCUAUCCUACCCGUCUAUAUUUUCUUCGGUGGUAUGGUCCAGAUCUUCGGAGCAGUGGGCGAGUGGAUUCUCGGAAAUACCUUCUCGAGCGCCCUCUUCUUCACAUACGGAACCUUCUGGAUUGUCCAGGGUACAUCUCAAAUUCCCUGGUACGGCGUUGGAACCAAUUACUCCCCCACUGGCAAUUCCCUUGAGGGCAUGCAGACACCGGAAUUUGCUGCAACCACCGGUCUGUACUAUGCUAUCCUUGCCAUCCUAACAUUCGUCUACCUCAUCUGUUCCAUCCGAACAAACGUCUGCCUCUUCCUCGCCCUAUUCCUGCUGGUCAUCACAUUUGCCUUGACCGCUGCGACAUUUUUCCAGAUGUCCGUGGGCAAUCUCGCUCAUGCCGCAACACUAGAGAAGACCGCCGGUGGUUUCAACUUUGCUCUGUGUCUACCAAUCUGGUGGAUCUUCAUUGCUCAGAUCUUUGAGGCUGUCGAUUUCCCGAUUACGAUCCCGGUCGGUGACCUGAGCACGGUGAUUCUCGGAAAGAGCCAGAAGGCGAAGAAACGUGAGGCUGAGGGCUAG